AUGGCAUCCUACGGGUACGGUUACGGGGGUCACCCGGCCAGCCCCAAGAUGGACGGUCUCGGUCGCGAGAAGAGGAGAGACAGGGUCCGUUCCGGGAGCAUCGUGAGCAUGGCGGGGGGCGCGGGCUUCGGGUCGGGGGGGGAACCCCAGCGCGAGACCGAGCUGUCGGUGGCGAUGGAGAACCUCACCCUCGAGGAGAUCGAAGGGAACGUCUUCCGCAUGAGCAAGGACCAGAUCGGCUGUAGGCUUCUCCAGCUCAAGCUCGACCAGGGCGACCCCAUGUUCGUGUCCAAGAUCUGCGGUGAGGCCCAGCCCUACCUGUCGGAGAUGAUGAAGGACCCCUUCGGGAACUACCUCUUCCAGAAGAUCGCGGACAAGGUGGACGAGGACGGCCGAACCGAUCUCGUUAAUCAGGUUGCCGGUCAGAUGGUGGAGGCGGGGAUGAACCUCCACGGCACCCGGUCGGUGCAGAAGAUCAUCGAGGUCUGCAGGGGCACCCCCUCCCAGGUGGCCGUGGUGGUGAGCGCCCUCAAGGACGCCACGGUGCCCCUCUGCCUCGACACCAACGGCAACCACGUGGUGCAGCGGCUCCUGCAGCACCUGGCCCCGACCGACAACGCCUUCGUCUUCGAGAAUGAAAACGAAGAAAAAAAUAACUCCGAAAAGCGCACCAACGACAAAAAAACAAACACACACACUACUGCUGUUCAACUACAGCUGUAACCCCCACCCUCACUACGUCGGGAAAAAUUAUCUCCUGUUUGCCUGGCGCACCCGCUUUGAUGUUGCAAGAAAAAAAAAAAGACAAGCCUCCUUGUCGACGCUACCAGCCUCGUCAUGAAGUCGCACGCUCUGGAUCUUGUUGCGCUUCACGAAGUUCUUGGCCCACUUUUCGCCGGCCUGGAAAUCCUCGACUCUCGCCUUCACUUCCUUAGAAGCUGCUGGAUCAGCCAGCAGGGUUGCCCUGGCGGAACGGCCGAAGCUUCGAAGGACGUCGCGCGUGACGGGCAUCUUGGUCUUCCGGGCUUUCUCUAGUAGAUCAAGAGCUAUGGCGUCCACCUAUUUACCGUCAAACGAGGAGUAAACAAUAUAGAGGGUACAAAAGAUCGCACGACUAGUUUCGAACAUUAGCCUCGUUGCACAGAGAAGUUGGAAGGGAAAAUUUCCACUGCAUCUGUAUGUCGGUCUAUGAUUGUACUCGUUUGGGAAAGGGACAGGGGAAAGGAAAAAGGGAACAACUUACAAUAAAAACAAUUAGGUUCAUCAGAACAAAACGAACAAGUCUGGAAAAAAAUGGCCCGGCAUAAAAAAGAGGGCGGG